AUGUAUCUUCCUAAAGGACCAAAAAAACAAAAGGAAAAUCCCUUUGCAGUUCAAAAGUCACGACGCUUUAUUACUGCAUCAGCUGGUUUUGCAUUUCUUACAGUUGUGAUGGCCUCAUACUUUGCACUUGAGAAAACAAGGGAACGUCAACGGCGACCCGAGGGGUUGUUGCGACAGCACCGCCGAGGACAGCGGGUUGUUAUCAUUGGGGCUGGAGCUGCUGGAUCGGCACUCUCAGCAAGUCUGACAAGUGCUUCACCGGAUCUGCAUGUGACGGUGAUUGAACAAGAGAAAAAACAUGUAUUUCAAGCCAUGGUCCCACUUGCACAUGUUGGACAUCGCAGCUAUGAUCUUAACACGACAGGUGGUGUUGAUUUUUUGCGUUCACCGGCCACGUGGAAUGUCACACGCGAUGCACUGCUGGUGCGUGGUAAGGUGAUUCGCAUCGAUGCCUCAAAGAAUGAAGUUGUUGUGCUUGAGAAUCCCACUGCCGCCAUUGACUCGACGGCAGCAGCAGCAGCAACAGCAGAGGCAGCAGUAGCAUCCACAACAACAACAACAACAACACCUAAUACAACAAAAUCAAUAUCACUUUCAUCCACAAUGACCAAAGUUUUGCGGUUCUUGAGGCUGUGUAAUCAUGACAAGAAUAAUAGUGGAACUAUGGGUCUUGUAGAACGCCGUUAUCAGUAUGAUGCACUUGUUAUUGCGUGUGGUGCGGAACGGGUGUUGGGUCCGUUGCAAGAUUUUAUUUCUUCUUCACAAGUAGAUCGACACCGUAUUGCUGUAAACCCGGGUAUUACGCGUGAUUGUCUGGCACACUUGUUUAGCGGAACUGUUUUGCAUGUAAAGGUGCCACCUGCUUCUUUUACUGCAGAUGAGAAAAUGCGUUAUCCCUCACGCCAGCAUGACGGUACUUUUAUUGGAACAGUAAAUACUAUUUGGCGCUAUUUGUGCUACUUCAAUAAACUCUCUUUCUGCCCUUACAUGGUUGUUACGGCAGAUCGACAACCAAGUGAUGUUUUUCCCACCACACUGAAUGAGCGUAUCAUGUCUUUUUGGCGUAAUCGCGGUGUGAACUUAAUUACAUGUUCAUACCUUACACACGUCGAUCCACGGCGUAGCGAGGCCACACUGUACAACUACACUACUAAAGAGAAGCGGGUGGUGCCGUACCAACUGCUUGUGUUGGAUCUCCCUCUUGCUGCUCCUGAUUUCAUUCGUAAGAGUGGACUAAGCAGUGAGGAGGCAGAAGGGUUUGUUGAUGUACAUCAUCAUACACUACAGCACCGAAAUUAUGCAAAUAUAUUUGCAAUCGGUGAUUGCGCAGCAUUACCAACUGUAAAGAGUUAUGGAGCUGUUUUUGCACAGGUACCGGUGGUAAGUCACAAUGUUCGUCAAGUGCUACAAGCGGCUUCUCUUUUGAAAGAAAAAUCUCUCGUUUCUAACAGAGAUACAAUGACAGGGUUUGCUAAAUAUGAUGGAUACUCUUCAUUUCACAUUGUUAUGACGACUUGGCGUGCCAUGUGGCCAGAAAUGUUGUAUGGCGGUGCAAACGUUAAUACUGAGAAUGAUAAGAAUUGUUGCUACACUGUAGAUGAUGCUCCACUAGUGAUGACCAAUCAUCAUCUUUGGGAUAAUUUGGCUUGGAUUGAUCUUCGUGGUUUUUUAAACGCGGCUUAUUACCAGUUCUUCCUCUAUGAGUUGAUGUUUUAUUUCCUCUUUACACGGGCUAUGUGGCACCCACCCACAUGGUUCUCUGUCCCAACAUUUAGCGAAGAAGACGGCCAAAAAAUCCGCAGUGGUUUUCUCUGA